AUGUUCAAGCUCGGCCGCAGCAGCAGAGCUCUGGCUUCGGCCUUUGCUGUUUCCAAGACGACCUCUAUUGCUUCAAGAACGAAUGCUAACGACAUCUUGUUGUCCCGGACACAGCAGCAGCUCAACCCCUCCGUCCUUCGUGCUCCCGCGCUCAGCCAGCAGCGGCGAGCUCUGAGCAUCCACGAGUACCUGUCUGCGGACCUGAUGCGCAAGUAUGGCAUUGCUGUCCCCAACGGCGCCGUUGCACGUACGGCCGAGGAGGCCGAGGAUGUUGCCAAGAGCAUUGGCACCGAUGAUAUGGUCAUCAAGGCGCAGGUCCUUGCGGGCGGCCGUGGCAAGGGCACCUUUGACAACGGCCUCAAGGGCGGUGUGCGCAUCAUCUACUCGCCUACCGAGGCCAAAAUGUUCGCCGACCAGAUGAUUGGCCACAAGCUCGUCACCAAGCAGACCGGCGCUGGCGGCCGGCUGUGCAACAGCGUCUACAUUUGCGAGCGCAAGUUUGCGCGCCGCGAGUUCUACCUGGCCGUCCUGAUGGACCGUGCCACCCAGAAGCCCGUCAUUGUGUCUUCGUCGCAGGGUGGCAUGGACAUUGAGACCGUCGCCAAGGAGAACCCGGACGCCAUCAACACCACCUACAUUGACCUCGAGGUCGGCGUCACCGACGAGAUUGCCCGCGGCAUCGCCACCAACCUGGGCUUCAGCGAGCAGUGCGUCGAGGAGGCCAAGGACACGAUCCAGAAGCUGUACAAGAUCUUCCAGGAGAAGGACGCCACCCAGAUCGAGAUCAACCCCCUGUCCGAGACCUCGGACCACCGCGCCAUGUGCAUGGACGCCAAGUUCAACUUUGACGACAACGCCGACUUCCGCCAGAAGGAGGUCUUUGAGUGGCGCGACACCACCCAAGAGGACCCCGAGGAGGUCCGCGCCGCCCAGUCCAACCUCAACUUCAUCAAGCUCGACGGCGACAUUGGCUGCCUGGUCAACGGUGCCGGCCUGGCCAUGGCCACCAUGGACAUUAUCAAGCUGAACGGCGGCGCCCCGGCCAACUUCCUGGACGUUGGUGGCGGUGCCACGCCCGCGGCCAUCAAGGAGGCCUUUGAGCUGAUUACGAGCGAGUCCAACGUGACGGCCGUCUUUGUCAACAUCUUUGGCGGCAUCGUGCGGUGCGACGCCAUUGCGCACGGUCUGAUCAAGACGGUCGAGACGCUGAACCUGCGCAUCCCCAUCAUUGCUCGUCUGCAGGGCACCAACGUGGAGCAGGCCCACAAGCUGAUCAACGACUCGGGCCUCAAGAUCUUCUCCAUUGACGACCUCCAGAGCGCCGCCGAGAAGGCCGUGCAGCUGUCCAAGGUCGUGAAGAUGGAUUUAGCUCGCGAGAUUGACGUUGGUGUCGAGUUCACGCUGGGCAUCUAG